AGAAGAGAGAAACAGAACAGCGCAGAGUGACGAGAAAAAAAAUCUGAUUCGGGCAUUGUAGAGAAAAAGUGUGCAAAUUUUAAUCAGUCUAGCAUAUUUGGUGUUAAAUUUGGUUUUGAAGUAGCAAACACAAACAAGUAGCUUGCUAGUGGUAUAGGAUACGCAAAUUAGUUCCCAGUUUUAGGUGUUUUGUAGUUUGUUUUAAUCGAGUUUGUUUCCCCAAGGUUGAGCAGUUGGUCCCAGCAUUUCAAUGAGUAAGAUGACCAAGAACAAGCUCAAUCUAACUUUGCCUCCGGGCUCGGUGGAUGUGCCGGCCGGCCAGGUGACUACCCCGACUCCAUCCUUCAAAACUCCCUCCGGCACGGAGUACGUCAUCGGAAAGCACAAUCUGCUGGGAAAGGCGAAAAACAGCAUCGAUGCGUUAACGGAAACCCUGGAGGAGCUGGAGAUAGAUGAGAAUGCUCGGAAGAGAAUCAAAGUUUUUCUCAGCCAGAAGGAAAAGAUUGGUGAGCUAAGCGAUGAGGAUCUGGAGAAGCUGGGCGAGCUGGGAUCCGGAAAUGGUGGAGUCGUGAUGAAGGUCAGACACAUUCCGACGCAGCUGAUAAUGGCCCGCAAGCUGAUUCAUUUAGAAGUGAAACCCGCAAUUAAGAAGCAGAUCAUCCGGGAGUUGAAGGUGCUGCACGAUUGCAACUUUCCGCACAUCGUUGGAUUCUACGGGGCAUUUUAUAGCGACGGAGAGAUUAGCAUCUGUAUGGAGUACAUGGAUGGCGGGUCGCUCGAUCUGAUAUUGAAACGUGCGGGACGAAUCCCGGAACCGAUUCUAGCCAAAAUAACGUGCGCCGUACUGAAAGGUUUGAGUUACCUGCGAGACAAGCACGCCAUCAUGCAUCGUGACGUGAAGCCAAGUAAUAUCCUGGUGAACAGCAGCGGAGAGAUUAAGAUUUGCGACUUUGGCGUGUCCGGCCAGUUGAUUGAUUCGAUGGCGAAUUCGUUUGUCGGCACCAGAAGCUACAUGUCGCCAGAACGCCUUCAGGGCACACACUAUUCAGUUCAGUCGGACAUUUGGUCGUUGGGACUGUCACUGGUGGAAAUGGCCAUCGGGAUGUAUCCUAUUCCACCGCCAGAUGCUAAAAUGUUGGAUUACAUAUUCCACGACAAGGGAGAUGACAGUUCGCCCGGUCAGAAUAUCAUCGAAGCGAAACCGAUGGCCAUUUUCGAACUGCUCGACUACAUCGUCAACGAACCGCCACCCAAACUGGAGCACCACUCUUUCUCGGAACGGUUCAAAGAUUUCGUUGAUCGGUGUUUGAAAAAGAAUCCUGAAGAACGGGCCGAUUUGAAAACCUUGAUCAAUCACGACUGGAUUAAAAACAUCGAGCAGGAGGAUGUGGAUAUCGCCGGGUGGGUGUGCAAAACGAUGGAUCUGCUCCCUUCGACACCGAAGCGGAAUGCAUCCCCAAACUAAAAAAACAGAACCAUCGGAGCGUGAGACGCGUACUUGUUUCUAAUGUCUCGUGGAAGGUCAUCCUGAACAUUAUUUACAUUGGUUUGGUGUGGUCUGUCACAUAAGUGUGCAACUUACUAUCUUUAUUCAACGUGGUAGACUUAAAAAUACGAGGGCUCCUUGGAAAUCUCCAAUUCACAGUUUCUCUCUUUAAAAAAACACAUGAUAAUAUUAAUAACAUUAAUCUGUAAGCUGUGUAAAAAGUGCGAGUGAUUGUGAGUGAGAUUUUUGUUUUUAACUCUUUCAACGCUUUCAAUUUGCUUAGUUUUAAAAUUGUCAAACCUGUCUACAGUGUAGAUUUUAUUAUUAUUUUACUGCUUGAAAGUUGAAAGUAUUUCAUGUUGCAGUCGCAAUCACCCCGGGUUCCGUUUCGUUACUAGAACUGUAUGUUCCCGAAUUCGGCAAACCAGAUUGUAUAGCGCAUCUCACGUUAGGAUUGUUUUAAACUAGUAACUCAUUUGCAGCAAACAACUGAAAGUUUACAGUAAUCUGUGCAAUGAAAUGAAGAGGAAUCUGUAUCUUACAACUAAUACAAUGUAACAACGCAUUCCGACACUAACAAAUUAUAGGCAAUAUAUCAAACAAAUAAAAAGUGAGUUCCGUGAAGCGAACGAAUGAUUGAUUGGCACAGAUGAACCAACUCUGUGAGAGUUUAUGCAGCCACGCACUCCUUGGAACAGCGAACUUAUCCUGUGUAGUUAACUCAUACUCAUUCUGGUGAAUUGAAAAUUCAUCGAAAAUGUCGACGAUUUCAUCACUAUCGGGACGGACGGCAAAUGUUUGGCGUGGCUCAACCAGAGCCCGGUGGCGUCCACUGUAUUAAAAGUAUUUUAAAUUACCA